AUGCGUCAACCACUCGAAAAUACCACAAGGCUUUCAUUUCAUAGUAAUAUCAUUAAUAAUAACAAUAAUAUUUGCCGGCUAGUAGUGGUGGUGCUGAUAGCAAUAAUUGUUGUUGGCUUUUUUGGCUCAUCAUCUUUGGUAAAUGCUAUUAAUCAACAAGAAGAAGAAUAUAAAACUCUGGAUAAUCUUCCAUCAUUUAGCAAGUUGAAGAAUUUGACAGUGUCGGGAUUUGGUGCUGGAGCUUCUAUGGCUAUCAUGAUGCAAGUUGCUCACUCACAAAAGGUUGGAGGUGUUGCUUCGUUUUCAGGCCUUCCAUAUUAUUGUGUGAAGAAUAACAUGUCUCGUUUGGAAACUUGUUUUAAACAUACUGAGAAAAUUCCAAUGUCUGAAUUUAUGGAAAUGUUCGACAAGUUUAUUUAUUUCAAUUUGAUUGAUAAUUUGGAUCAUCUUCCUUCCCACAAGAUUUAUUUGCAAAGUGGAAGUAAGGAUAAGAGUUUGACUCAACAAGCAGCUUUGAAAUCUAAGGAAAUGUAUGAAACUUUGGGUGUUCCAAAGGGAAAUAUCAAGACUGUUCUUGAUAUUCCAUCCGGUCACUCUAUGGUCUCUGUUGAUUAUGCUAAUGCCGAAAAGAAUCAAUGUGGAGAGAAAAUCAAGGAACCAUACAUUCAAAAUUGUGGAUUUGAUUUAGUAGGAGAUGCUCUCAAAUUUGUCAUUGGUGAAGAUAAUUUUGUUAAUGAGGCCAAUUUUGUUGCCAGUGCCGAGAAUCUCUUUAAAAUUGACCAAAGACCAUUCGAUUCUGAAAGACACUUGAUGGGAGAUUUUGGAUACAUUUACAUUCCAUCAGCUUGUCAAAAGGAUGAAACUAAAUGCAAACAUAUUCACGUUGCAUUCCAUGGUUGUGAUCAAACUGGUGAUGAAUUCCCUCUCUACUCUGGUUACAAUAGAAUUGCUGAACAAAAUAACAUUGUUGUCUUGUAUCCAAGAACUGCAGUACAAGAUAGAUUUAAUCCUCAUGCAUGGUAA